AUGUCUAAGAUUUACUCCACCGCUCUUCUUGUCUCAUGCGCGGCUGCGCAAUUGACCACUUCGGCAUGGAUGGCGGGCACCGGAAGCUACAGCCUUUCGUAUGUUGCUUCCGUAAUCGCUGUUGAAAAUGAUCGUACUACAAUGUCUCUUGACGUUCAGGGCAUGACCGAAGACCUAGGUGCGGCAGCCGAGAUAGGCCAGACAGUCACUCUUCAAGGCAACACCUUCUACGCAGUCAAUGCUGUGGCCGAGAACGAAGGUGUGACUGUCACCAUCAUGGGACAAUGCACACGCCAGAACACCGAUGAUCAGGAAGCUACAUGCACCAUGUCGACAAAGGGUCUCGAGGCCGCCAUCAGCUCAGCAUGUGCAAGUGCCGAUUCUGAGGACGAGCUGUGCAGUGAGGGAGAUCUUGACACGACCACUACUACAACACUGCCAGACGGUUACUUCAACAUGGUUCAGGUUGUCGUUACAUCUGGUGAGAACCUGCUCCCCAGCGCUUCUGCAGCUGCUACACCUUCUGCCGGCAGUGCUUCAGUCACCUCUUCCAAGCCAUCCGCUACCAACUCCGCCAAGCCCACUUCUUCCGGAUCAGAGGUGGCUGCUAGCUCUGGAGCUUCCCGUACUUCCCAGGCUUCAUCAGCAGCCCCUGAGGCUACUAACGCUGCGCCCUUGAUGGCCAUGGUUCCUGCUUUGGCAGGUCUCGGUGCCGCUGCUGCUUUCUUCUUGUAA